AUGAUGAGCGCCGUACCCGCUAAGGUAACAGUAAAUUGUAAAAUUAAAAAUUUUCUCUAUUUUAUAAAGUUAGGCUUACAAAGUAGAGCAGAAAGCCAAAAAAUUUUUUUCUACAAAAAUUUUUAACCACCCCCCUCCCCGCCCCCAUUUUUUUUCACUUUUUCCCCCUUCCCCCCCCUCCCCCCCCGCUCCAAAAAUUUACCCCUCCCAAAAAAAACUUUUUCCUUCCGUACCUUUUAAAAACGUUUUUAUACCUACACACUCCUCCACACACCCCUGUCCCUUUCUCCCAAAAAACAAAGCAACAGCCAAAGCAAUACCUCCUUCAGGUCCGAGACGUCGUGACAGAAGUGGUAAGCGACAUCGUGCCAACUUCAGUUCAAAACAAAGUAAUGGACGUGUUGUCACCAACAAGUUCAAUAAAAUCUCAAUCCUCCGAAUCCGACAAUCCGAAUGAGUACCGAGAACUGUUGGUAUCGUUGAGUGAUAACAAGAACGACCACAUAUUGUGGAUGCAAUGUCUGAUGACAUGUGCUCGCCGUGGAGAUGGGGAGUUCAGCUUCACGUUGGAUAAGUGUGGCGUUCCUAAUUUGAAGGUAUGUUAACUCUUGUAUAAUAGUAUCUACGUGACCUACCUUACUCUACCCACCUUACUCUACCAUAAUCUUCUCUACCCUACCCUACAUUACCCUGCCUUACCCUAUCCAGCCCUACCCCAAUGACAAUAUAUCUAAAAUAUAACAUUCCAGAGCGGCGACUACUUCCUCAACCUCUCCUACGACUGUCUUGAUGCCAAUUUACUGAAAAGUCAAAACGACUGUAGGUUCUUCUGGGAAGGUAACUAUGUCGACGGCAAGGUCUACGAUCAACUGGAGAUGAAUAUACAAACAAUGACUGUUGUAUCAAACAAAUGUGGCAAUGUAUUGAGAGGAAUGGGAGCUACAAAAGGCACUCGCAUCUUGAUAUACAUGCCAUGUGUAGCUCAACUACCAAUCGCUAUACUAGGCGCUGUUCGGCUUGGAGCUAGCAUUACUUUUAUUGUAAGUAGAAGAUAGGGUAGGGUAGAGAAAGACAGAGUAUAUCAAAGUAGGGUAAGUUAAGGUAGCGUAAUGAAAGGUAGGGCAUAAUAAAGUAUGGUAAAAUCACUUUAUACCAAUAUAUUAUAAUACAUUACACUCAACCCCAUUACAGAACGCCACCAUCCACCACGAUGUAGAAACCCUAAAAAAUUUGUUCAACAUGGCCGAACCCGAACUUGUAAUAACAUUAGAUGGCUUUUUCCUCGGAGAAAACAUCAAAGAAUCCAAAAAACUGGUCGAUCAAGUGCUAUAUGAACUGAGCUUAAAAGAAGACAGCGAAGGAGUUAAAGAAGACUACAAAAGACCACGGAUUCUGAUGAUCCAGCACGUUGCGGCUAACCCUGAAAUGCCUCCGCCAACUUUUCAGCUCAAAAAACGACCGUUCUAUGGGCUUAACGUGAGUUUCAGACUAAAAUACGAAACAAAAAAGGACUAACAUUAACAUGAAAGACUGUGAUUAAAAAAGGCUUAAAAUAAAACUUAAAAUGGGCAUAAAACUAGAAUUAAAACGCCUUAAAACUAAGAUAAAACAAGCUUAAAACUAUAUUUAAAAAACCCAUUUAGAUCCCAUUCAAUGAAGUCACCGACUGCCGCUGGGACGACGAAAUGCUCAACGCUGAUGAACGUUGUGAAGUUGAGUGGAUGGACAGUGAAGACAUGAUCUUUCAAACUUUUAGAGAAGGGUAAUAUAAUUAGUUUACAUUAAAAACCAUAAGGUCAAAAUUCUUAAUGAAACAAGGUCCAUUAUAAUCGGCUAAACUCAAAAAACUUAUAUUAUCCGUGACCAUUUCGGUAGUCUUCCCAAUAAACAUUCCUUUUUUUGCCGUAGAACUAAGUGUUUACUACCAAAUUUAACAUUAAAAAAUUGUUCAAGAAAUUUGCUUUAAAAUAAGCCUAAUCUUAUCCUAUGAAACAACAAAAUUACGAACAAAUAAAAAAACUAUAUUAACAUUGACCUUUUUAAUACUUUUGCGAAUAAACCUUCAUUUUUUCAAACAAAAACCAAAUAUUUAACCCCAUGUGUUAUAUCAAAAGAUUCUGCAUUAAAUUUACUUCAAAAUAAGCCUAAUCAUACCCCAAUUAACUUCAGACUUACAAACGAAACAUACGUUUUUGAAUCGUACACCGUCGGCCAGAUCGCUUUACUUUCCAAACUCUUAGCCACGAAAAUUGAUCGAAACAACGGCCCAAUCUGGCUUCUAGCCGACUCUGAUGAUCUGCUCUACUUGUCCUGCAUCUUUGCUGCCCCAAUGUCCGACACUCCACUUUUAAUGGUAAGAGAUGCCAAUGAAAUACCAAAUCUUGCUCCACAUGGCUACUAUAAUAUAUAAUAUAAGUAAAUUCGUAUUAUCUCGUCACAAAAAUAAUUAAAAAGUUUAAAAAACAAUUUACAGUGUGAAGGCUCACCGAUCCAACCAGAUGCAAGUCGUUUCUUCGACGUGCUCGAACGUUAUAACGUUGAACAGAUCAUUAUUGCCGAAGAAUACACACGGUUAUUGAUGCGCAACGAGGAAUUCCAGCAUUUGUGGCAGUCGGACGAAGAAAAGAACGCUGAUCCUAUAAUUCAUGCUGCGUUAAGUGUAAUUUACAGUGCUACAAAGCCAUCGUCGGACAGCGAGAUCUGCGAACAAUUCCUUCACCGUCUCGCACCAUGCGCGGAUAUCCACACAAUCAAUUGUUAA